AUGUCGAUCAUCAAACAAAUAAUUGACAAAUUAAAAGAACUUAAUUUAUUCGGUGACAUAGAAACAAAACGCAAUGGAGAUAAACAAACAUUGCGAAAUCAAGUAUUAUCAACACGAGUAUAUAUUAUUCUCUUAUUAACAAUUCUCUGUGUUCUUUUCGUCUCAAUAAUUUUUAUGGAAAGAACUACUUCGAUAACAGUAUCAAAGCCUUCAUUAAUUUUAUUUGAACAAUUACAAAGUAAAUAUCCAAAUACAUUAUUAUGUCCAUGUCGACAAGUGGCUGUAUCAUAUUCAUCCUUUCUCUCAAUCUCUGCAAUAUUUCAUCAGAUAUGUUCAAGUGAUUUUAUAUCAUUUCAAUGGAUCACAUCAUUGUUCGAUUCAGAAACUUCGCGUAUUACUCCAUUGGAUUUUCGUCUCACAGCUGCUAUUCAAUUUCGUUUACUCUCAUUAUUUUGCACUUCAUCAAUGUCAAUGAUAAAUGAAAUUCAAAAUGAUUUUAUCAAUGGAAAACUUGUGAGUGCCCAUACUUUAUUACAUGUCUCUUUCGAUACUCAAGUGAAAUCCAUUGUCGACAAAUUCUAUGCAACACUCUCUAUGUCAAUAACACCUAGCAAAGCGGCUGACAUGAUCAUGCUCACCAUUACUAAUAGUGGUAUUCAAUCAGCUCUUCAUAAUAAUGAAUUUACAUUGAGUAUACCUGGUUCGAAUCAAUCUCAAACUGUUACCAACUUUUAUCCUCGUUAUACCAAUGUUACAUUCACAAAUAUUUCACAAGAAAACUUUGCCUUCUGUAAUCCAUUCAGCGUUGUAACAUAUCCAGCAGGUAUUUAUGCUUGGGGAAAAGAUCAACGAUCACUUGUCGAAAUGAUGAGUCCACAACCAUCAGCUUUAUUUCAUAUAAAAGGAAUGUAUGUCNAACAGAUCAAACAUCAUAUUUCAGUCGAAUUCAAUUUUGGAGAGAAUUUAUCAAAAUGUCUUCGAAAUUUUCUUUCAAUCAAUCAAUUCUCAGCAGAACAUUUCUUAUUUUCAUGUUAUUUAAUCUUUCUAUUUAAAUUAACUUCAGGUGAAUGUGAUUUAUGUAUUGGAAUAUAUACACAUGGUCGUUAUCGAAACGAAUUACAAACAUUAAUUGGUUUAUUUGAGAAAAUCAUUCCAUGUCGAUGUCAAAUUAAUCCACAUCAAUCUUUCAAUGAAUUUAUUCAACAAAUUCGUUUAAUUAUGACAAAUUCUUUGAAAUAUUCUUAUUUUCCUUUUCAACGUCUUUUCGAUCAAAUUUUAAAUCCUACUUUUCUUCAAACACGUUUUUAUUUUUGGUCAAAUUUAAUAGAAAAUAGAUUUGAUCAAAUUUCUUCCGAUGAAAAUCAUCUUCUCUCUCCAAUAUUUAAUACAAAUGAAAUUAUUUUACAAAAUACGAUUGGUCAAUGUGAUUUUUCAUUAACAAUUCUUUACAAUUCAAUAAAUGAAGAAUAUUCUUGUCAAAUAAAUGCAUGUCAAACAUUAUUUGGCAUUUUUACAAUAAACAAACUUCUUCAAAGAUUUCAAAUUUUACUUGAACAAAUCUUUCAAACAUCUGAUCAUCUUCCAAAAUCGAUCUUUCAAUUCUCAUUGAUAUUACCUGAUGAAAUGACACUUUUUACUCAAUCAUUACUAAAUACACAAAUAAAAUUACCUUCUGUUCAUUGUAUUCAACAUGAAUUUGCUCAACGAUCAAAUGAACAAUCACAAAAAGUAGCCGUAGAACUUGAUGAACAAUAUUUAACAUAUGAUGAACUUCUUUAUUAUUCUCAAUAUCUUGCUUUAUAUCUUUAUCAAAAGUAUGAAAUUAAACCAGGAGAAAUUCUUUGUCAAUGUGUUCAACGAAGUUUAUCAUUGGUUAUUGGUAUUCUUUCAAUUGAAAUAUUAGGUGCCAUUUAUUGUCCUUUAUCACCUCGGAAUCCUAAACAACGUUUACAAACAUUGAUUGAAGAAACCAACACUCGUCUUAUACUUGUUCAUUCAUUAACACAAGAAAUGUUUACUAAUGAUUAUCCCACAGUUGUUAUUGAUAAAAUUCUUUAUAAUGAAGAACAAUUUUUUGAUAAUGAUUAUAAUUCUCUUUCAACAAAUGUGAUUCCAUCGACUAAUAUUGCCUAUAUUGUAUUCACGAGUGGAUCUACAGGGAAACCUAAAGCAGGUCAAUUAUCACAUCGAAAUGUUAUUGGAAAUAUUCAUAGUAUUUCUCAUAUUGAUGUCAAAAAUAAAAAUGAUCAAAUUAUUCAAAUGGCUAAUUGUUCAUUCGAUGCACAUUUUCUAGAAAUUGUUGGAACAUUGAUUUUAGGUGCAACAUUGAUUUUACUUCGUCCAAAAGGUAAUCUUGAUAUUGAUUAUCUUUUACGAAUUAUCAAAGAAAAACAAGUCACAGUUAUCUUUGCUGUGCCAUCUUUACUUAAUAAUAUCUUCAAUUUUUCUUCUGAAAAUAAUGAUACAUUCAGCAUAAAAACAUUACGAUCACUUUGUAGUGUUGGUGAAGCACUCACGUCUAAUUUGGCAAUGAAAUUUCUACAUGUUCUCAAUAAUAAUCAGAAUUGUCGUCUAUGGAAUUUAUAUGGUCCAUCAGAAAUUUCAUUUUGUUGUACAUAUUAUCAUGUUGAUUGUACAAUUAUUCAUAAAAAUCAUAUUCCAAUAGGUCGUUCUCUUCCUGAUUAUCAAUGUUAUAUUGUGGAUAAAUAUUUACAACCUGUUUUUGUUGAUCAAGAAGGUGAAUUACUUGUCAAAGGUAUUGGCGUAUUUUCAGGUUAUCUUCAUCGAAAUGAUUUAACACAAAAAGCAUUAUUAGACAUAGAAGGAGAGAAUGUUUAUCGAACAGGUGAUCUUGUUCGAUUAGAUCAUUUAGGUCUUUUACAUUAUGUAGGUCGUCUAGAUCAUCAAAUCAAAUUACGUGGACAACGUAUUGAAUUAAAUGAAAUUGAAAAUUUUCUUCUUCAAUCUUUAUCUCAAAUCUCUGCUUGUAUUGUUAUUUGUUAUGAAAAUUCACAUUUAAUUGCCUAUAUACAAAGUUUGGAUAUAAAUGAAAAUCAAUUACGUGAUCAUUGUCGUUCUCAUUUACCAGCAAAUAUGGUUCCAUCAAUGUUUAUUAUAUUGAAACAAUUUCCAUUGAAUACAGUUGGAAAAGUCGAUCGAAAUCAACUUCCUAAACCUAAUUUUUCAACUUUAACUUCAACAACAAAUGAAAUUGAUUAUGAUAAACCACGAAAUGAUAUGGAAAAACGUGUACAUCAAUUGUGGUGUGAAGUACUUCAACGUCAUGAUGAAAACAUUUCAAUUAAUACAGUUUUUUUCAAUAUUGGUGGUCAUUCUCUUCUUCUCAUUCAACUUUAUCAUCGUUAUAGAUUAUUAUUUGAAUUUGAUAGUGAAAGAUUACCUAUCGCAUCUUUUCUUCAAUAUGCAACAAUUACUGAACAUGCCAAAUUACUUGAAACAACUAAAUCCAACGAUAUACAAUCAUUAACACAACAAACAUUUUCAAUCAAUGAAGAUCCGUUGGUUCAUCCAAUGAGUGUUGCUCAAGCAGAAAUCUUUUUCGAUCAUAAGAAAUUACCUCUCGAUUGCAAACAUCAUUUAAUAUUGAAAUAUGUUCUUUCUGUAGAUCAAUCAUUAUUAUUUGAUGAAACCAAAUUUCGCAAAUCUCUUAAAAGUUUAAUGUUAAAACAUGUUUUAUUACGUUCUACUUUUCAUCAAAAUGAUAUGAAUCUUAUUCAUCGUGAACAUAUUUUUGAACUUGAUAGUAAACUUGAUUUAUCAAUUAUUUGGUUAACGGUAUCUGAUGAGAAUGAAUGGUCUAAUGAAUUUCGUCAAAUAUUACACAAACCAUUCAAAUUAGAACGUGAUUUACCACUUCGUGUUUAUUUGAUUGCGAACAUUGAAACCGAUUGUUUCACUAUUCUUCUCGUUGUACAUCGUAUUGCCGCUGAUUAUCAUAGUUUAAUGAAACUUAUACACACACAAUUGUGGCAAUUAUAUGAGAAAGGUGAUGAUAUGUCAGAAAAUUUGGUCACUUCUCAUAUGUCAUUCACUGAAUAUGUACAAAAAAGAAGUUUGAAAAUGACAAAUGAAAGUGAACAAACAACAAAUGAUAUCAAUUGGUGGAAAGAACAUUAUGCAUCAGUCAAUAGUGUUCCAUUACAAUUACCUCCACCUGAAGUACCUCUUUAUGAUUCUCAAAAUAUGUCUUCUAUGAAUAUCAUUGAUGAACAACAAAAUAUAAAUUUCAUUCAAUGUAAAACACUAUUUAUUCCAACUGAUUUAUGGAAAACUAUGGAUGAAUUGUGUAUCUCAACUAACAGCACAUUCUUUAAUAUAUCUUUUAGUAUUCUCUGGUUAGUAUUAUCACAAUAUGCACAAGGCAACACAUUCAGUAUAAAUAUGAUUUUCACAGAACGAUCUUCAACUUCUACUCAUACAAUUGGGCCCUUUUCUCAUGAAUUUCCAUUGUAUCUUUCUACAAAUGAAAGUACAACUAAUGCUAAAAAGGAGACAUUUUAUCAAUUCUUGUCUCGUACAUCUCGUCUCUUAACAGAAGCGAAACAACAUGAGACGGUCAAGCUUUGUGAAAUAUAUGAUCAAAUACCACAAACACAAUCUAUAAGUACACAACCGAUAUCAGUCGCUAUAAGUGACAUAAGUACACUUGAAUCAAUAUCAUAUAUCAAGUCAUCCGAAUGUAUUCUCUCUACUACAUCAAGUCUAACAGUUUAUGUCAAUAAGACUCAAUAUACAUUGGAUUGGUGUUUCGAUACAAAUCUUAUCGGACAUCAACUAAUCGAACAAUUACAUGAGAAAUUUCUCAGACAUCUACGAAACCUUGUUGAUGAUCCAUAUCUUCCACUACGUACUUGUAAAACACUUUCUGAAGAUGAAUUUGAUCAAGUCAUUAAUAGAUUUCAACGAACAACGUCAGAAAAGUACUAUGAAAUGACAUUACAUGGUAUUUUUGAGCGAGCCGUCCAACAAUGGCCAAAUCAUAUUGCCAUCGAACAUCAUCAGUCUUCUAUAACAUAUAUUGAAUUAGAUGAACAUGCGAACAAGAUUGCUGCUUAUCUACAACAUGAAAAUGUCAAGUCAAACGAUCUGAUUUGUAUACUUGGAAACAAAUCUAUUACAAUAAUCGCAUGUAUUCUCGGAAUACUGAAAAGUGCUGCUGCUUAUACGUAUAUCGACAGUAAUCUUUCUUUCGAUCAAAUCAAACAUAUAUUAGACAAUAGUGAUAGUCAUCUAAUGUUUAUUGAUACAGAUGCUGACGAACGUUGGACUAAUCAAUUAUCAACAAAACAACUACGAUUAAAAACAAUUGUUUUAACUGAAAAUUUCCAUGAAAGUCUAUGGACAAACGAAGAUAUAAAUAAUGAAUAUCAACAUAUAUACGAUAGCGACAGUUUAGCCUAUAGUUUGUGGACAACUGGAACUACUGGUCUUCCUAAAUGGGUCAACGUUAACCAUGGAAGCAGUGCUAAUGCAAUAUUAUGUUUACAAGAUGAGAUCGAAUUAAUGUCCGAAGACAAAAUGCUUCAAACGUCAAUGCUUAGUUUUGAUCGCAGUGUAGCCCAACUCUUUCAUCCAUUUAGUCAAGGAGCGUGUGUCGUUCUCAAUGACAACAAUUCAACUUCUAAUGAUUCGCGUUGUAUAAUUCAACUUGUCAAUGAACAUGAUGUGAGUGUUCUUGAGCUAAGUCCUAGUUUGCUUAAUCGAAUUGAUCCAAAUGAUAUUGUACCACCAGUACGUCUUCUAUGUAUAAGCGGAGAAAUUUGUCCACAUCACAUAGCAGAUCUCUGGUCUCGCCAUGUAUCCACGUAUAAUCUGUACGGAUCAACGGAGACUUCAAUCUAUUCUCACAUUGUACGCAUGUUUCCAAAUCAAAAACGAGUCAUUAUUGGUCGUCCAAUACCGAAUACAUUUUCGUAUAUACUCAACGAUCAAAUGCAGCCUGUUCCUGUUGGAGUUGUUGGAACACUUUGGAUUGGCGGAUGUGCACCGGCUCGUGGAUAUCGACUUCCUCAUCACUUGACUGAAUAUAAAUUCCUGCCAAAUCCUUUUCAUCAACACAAUAAUGGGAUCAUUUACAAUACCGAAGAUCUGGCACGUUGGCAGAGUGAUGGACAAAUCGAAUUCUUGGGCCGUCGCUAUCUGGAAUCCAUCCAUCAUAAUCACUAUAUAGAACUUGCCGAGAUCAAGAGAUGUAUAUUCAAUUUAAGAAACAUGGGUGACAUACGGAAUUCUCCUCAGGAAGUCGAAAUUAUACUUAAUAAUGAUUCGAAUGGAAGCAUCAAUGAUAAACGUUUUCAUUUUUAUGCCUUCGUUACACCAGCAUCGAUUGAUCUCGAUGUGGUCAAGCAACAUGUUAAGAUGUCAUUGCCACGAUUUAUGCGGCCAACAAGUUUCAUGGCUCUUGAGCAGUUACCUUUAUCGUCUAGUGGAAAAAUUGAUCGAAAAGAACUACUGAAUCACAUCUCCAAAUCGAAUUUGAAAUCUACAAACAAACAUCAGACAUAUAAGAAAGCGAUUACAAAUAGUCUUCAAAAAUUAUGGCUUUUCUUUCUACGAAAAGACUCAAUAGAUUACGAUGAAACAUUCUUCGAUGCUGGCGGUCACUCGGCGUUAUUUUUGCAGCUUAUCGGAGCUAUUCAAAAUGAGUUCUUUGCUGGUCGUUUAUCGAACUUUCGACCACGCACUGAAAUAUGUCUUUUGGCAACUACUAUUCAUGCUCAAGCAAUUCUAGUCGAACAAUAUCUUAAAAAGGCACAUGCCGUACAAGGAUAUCAGAAAGUAUUCAAUAAUAAACGCAAACUCUCAGGAUAUACAAGAGCGCUUCGAAAUCAAAGAAGCGCAAUAACACGAAUGAGGCGAGAAUCGUCAUUUACGAUUGCAAGAAGAAAAUCGUCUGUUCAUUUUCGUCGAAUUGCAAUAGCUCGUUCACAAAGUUUGCCUCGAGAUUAUGACGAAAAAGAUUGUGCAGUUAUUGGUAUGGCUGGUGUAUUUCCAGGUUGUAAUAGCAUCGAUGAAUUCUGGUCAAUGCUCAAAGAAGGUCGAUCAGGAAUAUCUACUUUAUCGGACGAAGAACUAUGUAAAUACGUACCGACUGAACAAUUAACAAAUCCGAAUUAUGUACGUCGUCAGGGUCGAUUAACUUGUGGUGUCGAUCUGUUUGACAAUGUCUUUUUUAAUAUAACACCUCAUGAUGCUUCACAUAUGGAUCCUCAACAUCGGCUUCUACUCGAAGUUGUGUAUAAAGCGUGUGAAGAUGCUGCCGUGAAUAUUCAUUCGUCUGAUGCCAUAAUCGGUUGUUUCAUUGCUGCCAGUGAAAGUAGUUAUUAUUCGUUUAACUUGAAACAUGUCUAUGAUGCCAAUGUUACUCAACCUUCUGCACAACGGCAAAUACGUCUCAAUAAUUUAUUAGGCGCUAUGGCAACAAAAGUUGCAUAUUCUUUCGAUUUUAUCGGUGCUGCCAUCAAUGUACAGACGGCCUGUUCUUCAGGUCUUGUCGCAUUGCAAUUAGCUAUGGAUCAUUUACGAUUAGGGCGUUGCACAGUAGCCGUUGUUGGCACGAGUUGCAUUCAUUUGCCAACUAGUGGACAUCUUUACGAACCAAAUAGUAUCUACAGUCCGACUGGUGUGUGUGCUCCGUUUGAUGCAGCGGCGAAUGGCAUCGUAUCUGGUGAUGCAGUAUGUGCUAUUGUACUUAAACUCGCUGGACCAGCCGUUGCACAGCGUCACAAGAUUCGUGCGUUUGUUAAAAGUUGUGCAGUUAACAACAAUGGAAGUGCCAGUCAAACAACAAGUUUUGCUACACCUAGUGCACCAGCUCAGUCCGCAUGCAUUAGCGCAGCGCUGACUGAAGCUAAUAUAGAUGUUGCCGAUAUCGCCUAUGUCGAAGCACACGGCACGGGAACGGCAGUAGGUGAUCCUAUCGAAGUUGAAGGAUUAGUACAAGCGUUCAAUACGGAUCAAACACAAUAUUGUACAUUGGGUAGUGUGAAAUCGAAUGUCGGUCAUACAGAUACAGCUGCUGGUCUUGUUGGUUUGAUCAAGACAGUACUUGUCUUAGAGAAUCAAUACAUACCUCCAACAUUACAUUUUCAAGAGCCUAAUUCAAAUAUCGACUUUACUACAACACCAUUCGUCGUCCGAUCAACUGGUACAUCAUUUGAAUCCGAACGUCUCAAGCGUGGUCCUCUUCUAGCAGGUGUAACAAGUUUGGGUAUGGGAGGAACAAACGCCCACGCCGUACUACAAGAGUAUCGUCAGACUUCGUCAUCUGUCAAUUCGUUCGCUCCACAAGAAGAUACGGUACAUCAAAUAACAUUAUCCGAUAAAAGUCUUCAAUCACUAAAACUUGAUCUAAAGGAACUUAUAUCAUGGUUAGAAAAGCAAAGCAUUAGUCAAAAUCCACCUACAGUCGCGAAUAUUUGUUAUACGUUAAACAAGGGUCGACCUGCUUAUGCGUAUCGACUGGCCAUGACGAUUGAUUCAUCAUCUCUUACAACACUUAUUGACAAAUUGAGUCAAGUAUCCAUCGAUAGACUUCCACGAAUUCAAAACAUCGUUCGAUUCGUUUUCAUGUUACCAGGUCAACACGCAUGUUCGCGAAUAUUAACACGUCAACUGUAUUUGACAAGUGAUGUGUUUAAAACUGUAUAUGAUAAUUGUGCGAAUAUUCUUCAAGAGCAUGAAUCAGAUACUCCGAAAAUGAUCGAUAUCCUCUUAAGUGAUGAUGAUGAAUCGGCAGACAAAGAAUGGCAAAAUUGGAUGGGCUUAACAACAUUUAUAGUAGAGUAUGGAUUGGCCAUCUUUUUAGGAACUAUCAUAAAAAUGCCACACACUUUUAUUGGCCACAGUAUUGGUGAAUAUGUUGUAGCUGUAAUGACAGGUGUAUUUACACUCGAUGAAGCACUGAAAUUUGUCUGUAUGCGCAAUUGUCUUCUAAACGAACAAGUAACGUUGGGUGUGAAAGGUGCAUUGCUCGCAGUACGAAUUUCAUAUGAAGAUGCUGUCAAAUACGUUAAUGAGGAUAACAUAUCAAUUGCUGCAGUGAAUGGACCAUCACAAUGUGUCUUUGCUGGUGAUGUUGAAGCAAUUAAUCAAUUGAAAUCAACAUUGAGUGCAUUAAAUUAUAAGUUCAAACAACUUGAACAUAGUUUUCCAUUUCAUAGUCAUCUCAUUGGUCCUUCUCUUCAAAAUGAAUUUCGACAAAUAUACAAGAAUCUUGAUAUCGAACCGCGUUCACCGAAAACUCCUUUUGUCAGCUCAGUCACCGGUGAAUGGUGUAACGAAGGUGAUGUUAUUGAUAUUGAAUAUUGGUGUCAUCAUAUGCGAGAAACAGUUUCAUGGCACAAAGCACUUCGAACUCUUGAUCGAUUGCAUUCAUCAUCAAAUGAUAGUGAUGAGAAAACAAUAUAUCUUGAAUGUGCACUUACCAAUGUACUCACCAAUGUCACUAAGACAAAUCUUAAUACAAAUUCUUCUUUGAUACUCCCAUUAAUACCACAAGAUACAACGAAUAUUCAAUUAGCAAUAAAAACUAUGCUUAGCACUUGUUGGAGUUAUGGAUUAACAUGUAAUGAUUAUGAUGCAACUUACGCAGCAUUUAAUAGUUCAUCGCGUGUUUAUCAAAAUGCAUCAUUUAUCUCUAUGCCAGGUCAUAUUUUUAAUAAACAACAUUAUUGGAUUGAUCCACCAACAUCAAACUUGACUGUAACGCGAAUUAAUAGUGAACAAAGAAUAGUUGAUUACAAUAAUAACGAACAUUUGCAUUCAAAUGAUGAUUCAUCGACAUUUCAUUCGUCUUCAAUAGUUGAUAAAUUAAUCGAAAUAUACAUAUCAGUUAUAGGAGGUCAAUCACUGGAUAGUUCCAGUGACUUUUUUGCAAUUGGUGGUGAUAGUCAUAGUGCUCUAAUCUUAAUCAAUCGAAUUAAUCAACAGUUUAAAGUUCAAUUAUCUACUAAAGAUAUAAUCGAAACGCCAAUUCUUGAUCAACUUGCAGCACGAAUUGAACAAAGUCAACGAAAUACAAUUAAACAAUCUUCUCCAACAAUUCGUUCGAUAUACAAUCAUGAUCGGAUCAUUAUAAUGAAACAAGGUACAUCUUUAACCCAAUCUCCAAUUUUUCUUAUUGCACCAUCUGGUGGCACUUGCUUUAUCUAUCGAGACUUAUGCAAACAUUUAGAUCCUUCGAUUACUGUUCUUGCUUUAAAUUAUCCUGAAAUUUCUCUCUUAUCUUCACAUGAAUAUAGAUUUGAUACUGAAGAUAGAUCAGUAGUGAAUUUAGCAUCCUAUUACAUCAAUAUUAUGCGCAGUGCGCUACCUAAUGCAGCAUCCUACACGAUUUUAGGCUCGUCAUUCGGUGGUAUGAUAGGUUACGAAAUCAGUCAACAAUUGAGUUCAUUAUCAGAAUCAAAUGUAAACGUUAAUCAGUUGUUUAUGAUUGAUACCCCAACCAAAAAUUCUUUACGCGUUGAUUUUCAAACAAUGUCUGAUGAGAAAAUCAAAUCGUUGAUUUUCUGGGCAAUGUUCGGCAUGAGAUAUAACUUUUCUUUGGAACAAGCAGAAGAUAUAUGCGCCAAAGAUAAUGAACAAAUGAAACAAUUUUGCAUUGAUAAACAAAUGUUGCCCGGUAAUCUCGGUAAUUUUGAUUCAGAAUUUACCGAACUUCGCCGUCAUAUGCACAUAUUCGAAGAGAAUGUACGUGCUAUACCAAAUUAUUCAGUUGAAUCGAUGAAAAGUCGCACUACAAAUGUCACUUUUUUGCAAGUUAAGUCACCAUUACCAACUGAUCCUCUUAAUCCACAUCAAGAUUGGUUACAAGCCAUUCCUGACAAUCAAUUUCAUCUGUUCUAUAUUGAUGGUCAUCAUAUCACUGUUAAUCUAGAACCAUACGUUCAACAAGUUGCACAUCUUGUCAAUAAAACCAUCCUAUCAACCGACAACUAUCAAUAA